GCCCCGGUUUCGCUUUUAGUGUCUUCGUUUCACGGAGGAGGUUGUGGAACCGGAGCUGUGGCGGGGGGAGCGUACGGAUAGGAACCCCCCUGGCUAUCCAGGCGGACGGAUCACAGUGACACGCCGGUCUUGGGAGAGAUCAGAGUGGAACCAUGGCCGAACUCUCCACCCUAUCCCCAUCACCCCCCGCAUUGGGUGAUCCUCAUGUAGCUCCAUCCAUCCCUGCGUCCUCAUCAGCGCACCUGGUUAUCAACAGCCCUGCUCAAGAUUCUGCCAUGGAGAUACCCACACCCAAGUCUUCCCUCUACAAUGACAAAGCUUUGACUGGAAACAUUCCUGCAGCACAGUCAGGGGGUUCACCCUUUACUCCUCAACCACCCUUGAGUCCUCCCAAACUCACUGCUGAGACCCUCCUCACAUUAUUGGUACAUGAGGCAGCUCCACAGGGAGAGGAAUCAGCAGGGAAAGAUGCAGAGACUGGAGCUCAUGUUAUUAAGCAGGAGACAAGUGACGUACCAGCUGCAGAGCUCUUGAAUACUGAAACGGAGACCCCGGCACUGCCAAGUGAGCCAUCAGCUCAGAGUGAUGUGCAACAGGCAUCCCCCUCUCCGGAUCUCAAUCCUGGUCCUAAUCUCUACCCCAAUGUGCAUGUCACUCACAAUCCAAAUCCUGUCAUGGAUGAUGGUCAAUAUACAGCGAUCCAACCCCAAAUCGCUGCAGCUUCCAAUCCCACGCCUGCUCCGCCAGUAUCCACCAACAGCACGGCGGCAUCAGCAACUGCAGAAGAGGAGCAACCUCAGCAACUUCAACAUGUACAAAACCCUCAAAGUCAGCUUACUCCUCCUCUCUCCCCAAAGCCUGAUACUAGCAGUGAAGCAAGUCAAGCAGAACUGCCCAGCACCCCCACCAGAGCUGAACACCCCAGCCCUACUGUCCCUCUGAUCCAAGAGCCAGCCUCUGCAUUCUCACUGCCCAGCCCCAAGCCCCGGCCGGCCCCUGACACCCUCAGCUACCUGGAGUCAGCCAGCUUGAUGUCUGGGACAUUGGAGUCUCUAUCGGGGCUGGGCGAGGAUGGCAGCUCUGUGGGCUCAGACUCCGAGGUCAAUGGCAUGGCGGUCAGACGCACUGAUAAAUAUGGCUUCCUAGGUGGGAAUCAGUACAGUGAAAGCGGGGAAAAGGAUCUUCGAGUUGAAGUUGCCAGACAGAGGGAGGUAAAAUGGCUUGAUAUGUUCUACAACUGGGAUAAAUGGGUCAAACAUCGCUUCCAGAAGGUGAAGUUGCGCUGCAGGAAGGGGAUUCCAUCUUCUCUUCGAUCCAAAGCCUGGCAGCUGCUGUCCAACAGCCAAGAGCUCCUCGACGCCAACCCUGGAAAAUUUGAGGAGCUGGAGAGAGAGCCGGGAGAAGCUAAAUGGUUGGACAUUAUAGAGAAGGAUCUACACAGACAGUUCCCCUUCCAUGAAAUGUUUGCUGCUCGUGGUGGCCACGGUCAACAGGAUCUGUACCGGAUCCUGAAGGCCUACACCAUCUACCGGCCUGACGAGGGUUACUGCCAGGCCCAGGCUCCAGUAGCUGCAGUGCUGCUCAUGCAUAUGCCUGCUGAGCAAGCUUUUUGGUGCCUCGUCCAGAUAUGCGAGAAGUACCUUCCUGGCUACUACAGCGCUGGACUGGAAGCGAUCCAGCUGGAUGGCGAGAUCUUCUUCUCCAUGUUGCGCCGUACGUGUCCGAUGGCGUACCGUCAUCUAAAGAAGUUCAAGAUUGACCCGAUUCUCUACAUGACUGAGUGGUUCAUGUGCAUCUUCUCACGCACCUUACCAUGGGCCAGUGUACUGCGUGUAUGGGACAUGUUCUUCUGUGAAGGGGUGAAGAUAGUGUUUCGUGUGGGCCUGGUGCUACUGAAACAGAUGCUCGGCUCUGUGGAUAAACUUCGAGAACUACAGGGCAUGUAUGAAACUAUGGAGCGCCUCAGGAACAUCGCACCUGACAUGAUCAGAGAGGAAGUAUUGGUACAGGAGAUUAUCAUUCUCCCGGUGACGGAGGCACUCAUAGAGAGGGAGAGCAACAUCCAGGUGAGGAAGUGGAGGGAGUCCAGAGGGGAGCUGACACACCAGCCGGCCCGCCGCCUCCACGGUACGAGGCCCCUUUACGAGUGCAAACGCCGCGCCACCUCCAUCAGCUCCGGCGGCAGCUUCUCUUUCCUGGGAAGCCAGAUCCCUGCACCAGGACCCCUCAGGGCCUCGUCGAGCCUCCUCUCACUCCCUGGCUUCCGCAGGUCCAAGGCUCCUUUCCACUCUCAAAACAAGAAGGGCUCCUUCUCAGGGCCGUCAGGAAUGGACGGCCUGAUGCAUCAGUCCCGACCUACAGUUGCAUCAAGCCCGGAACGAGGCCCCAGCCAUAAACCACCUAUUCCUCCAGGGGCAGGUCAGAAGGCACCGGCACCCCAGGUUCGGAGUCCCUUAGUCAGGGGGGCGGAUGGCUCUUCAGGUGGGACUGCUCAGUCCUCAGAAGACGCCUCGGCACACGGCCAGCCUACUGCUUUAGCCCCAACACAAAGCACAGCAUCACCGCCCAGCACACUAUCCCCCUCUCCUAAGAUUGUCUCUGAGCAAAUUACUCCUACUCUCCCCUCUCCUACUGCAAACAACUCCCCUCUGCCGCUAAUUGCAGAUUUUAAAAAAGAAGUGCCGUCAGCGGCUGAUGUACCAACUGGAGAGGAAGAGGUGAAGAAGAAGAGGAAGAGCAAAGAAGACAAGAAGAAGGAAAAGGAUGACGAGAAGAAAAAAAUGAAGGAAAAGAAAGAUAAGGACAAGGCUGAAAAGGAGAGGUUCAGGAAGGAGAAAGAGAGGCUAGAAAAAGAGAAGAAGAAAGGGGGGAAGAAAAAGGACAAAGGAGGAGAAGCCGAGGACAAAAACGGAGCUGCAGCAGCACGAGAUUCGGCCUAGUUGUCCGCCCCGUCAUUCCAGGAUAAUGAAAAGGGACGCUGAACAAAAGAGUGAUUAAUGAAAAAAAUGGGAUGGCCUCCUGAGUAACGCAUCAUUUCAAGACUUAAUGUAGUCCCGGGACUAUGGUGGGGAAAACUGGAUCAUGGUUUUAAUAGCACCUCAGGGGGGGGGUUUCCCCCUCGCUCAAUGCUUUCUUUUCCACCAAGUUUUAGUAAGAUGGGACACAUUUCCUUUUUCAACUGGAGCAUGGACUGGGAAUUGCAGAUUACAGUCAUUAUCUCUUUUAGUUUUUUAUUCUUUUUUGUCGUCAUUUUAUUUUAAUCCGAUUGAUGGCAGUGGAUAGAGAAACAUUGACUCAAGGGAUCGUUGGACUUAAGGUUUGCAGAAAUAGUUAUGGUGCCAUAGAGUAUGUAAAUAAAAAGUCUACCUACAGUACAUAGGAUCCUGUUAGCACUCCACAUGCCCCAUCAUUUCUCAUCUGUGGACAGGUUCUCUGGAUGUGACAAAAAGAAAAGAAAACCCUUCGUCUCGAACAGGCACUGAAGGCAGAAAUGCUUGUAAUGUUGAGGAUGUAUUUAUUGUCAUGUUAAAUGUUGUGAGUGAGUGUGUGUGCCUUAGUAGUGUAGUGAAAUGUGUUACUGUUCUGUGUGGCCUCCCGGUUUUCAGUCUCCCUCUGGCUGCUUUUUCUCUCAAGGCAAACCAUUUAAUCCUGAAUGGUUCUCCCCAAAUUCUUCUUACAGUGGAAUAAUUCUGAAGGGGGGAAAUGGAGCGAUCUACACAGACAAAAAGAGGGAGAAAAUUAAGAAUACAACCAGACACCAGGACGUGGUGUUUUUUUUAAUCACGUGGUUUUUUUUGUCUCCGACAAAAGCACGGUUGGGGAGCAUUUUAUUGUUUUUAUUUAAAUUUCUCGUGUCUGAAGUCGUUUUUUUUUUUGCAACAUUAUUGACAAACUGGUUGCGUGAAAACAUGCAAUACCCAGCAGUGACCAUGCACGAGUCCUGCAGACCAAAUGUCCAUCUGUAAAAUGAGUAUUAUUCUUUGCUUUUGACGAACAAAAUCCUACAUAUUUCAUUUAGCCAAAUUUCAGCAUGGGUGAGGACUUAAGUUCAUUAAACCAUUAGAAUGUGAUUUCAAGUAUCUUAAGAGAAUGAAGGAUGAUUUUUGCACUUGUGAUUCUGUCACAAAGUACCACUGAAGUCGACCACUCCGUUAGUGUAGUGAGGUAGAAAGCGAGAGUCCUCAGCGGGCCGGUUUCAUACUUUGAAGUCUGUUCCUCGAGGACCUAUAGGAAGCCACUUGACUGGAGGUGCCAGGUGUGCCAAUGUAGCAUUAACCUCUGAUCUUUGACCUGCGGGCUCUGAUGUAUUUAUGUACAAAGUGGUUAAUUUAAUCAAAUAUAGUAUAUUAUGAAUUAUUAUUAUUAUUAUUUUGGAUCUGACUAUUUUUUCUAUGUGAGUAAGAGACACCUGGUUGACUGGAAGAUGGCCGACUACACUCUGUGCAGGAGGAUCAUUUAAGUGUUUAUUUUUAAUUUCCUUCCUUUUUUUUUGUUUUGUUUUGCACGCUAAGUCCUCUGCUUUUACACAACAAACUUGAUGCAUGUCUUUUCUAUUAUUUAAGUUUACUGUCACUGUUGGUUUAGUCAACUAUAGGUUCACGAGUCUCCAGUUUACUGAAGUGCAGUAUUAAACAGACUUGAGUGGAAUAAAUGGGCCGCCGACAGAACAAACCGUGAGAAUGAUGCAGACAGAUUAUUUGGGAGUUGAAGGUCUUAAUCGUACUGUAUAAUAUACUAAGAGGUGAUUUAUGAGCUUUGAAUAGUUCUUUAAUUCGAGAUCUUAAAUUUGUCUGUCUCACCAAAUUGUGUUUUCAUGAUGACUUAUGGACUAACUCCCUAACCUAUUUACACUCAGUGUUCUGUACUGUAACAUAUUUAUGCAUUAAACUGCACUGAACCCCAUCAGUAUACGAUGAAUAGUGCCAGGUAGUAAGUGUAAAAUCAUUUGAUGGCAAAAAAAACAUUGAUGCUCUUUAACUGUACUGUUUUUGUAGUUAAGGAUUAGAGGGACUUUCGUGUAAUUGUAGCCAACAUGUCCUGCAUAUUCAUUGUUUUUCACUUACUUCAGAUCAUUUGAAUAUAUAAAUAGCACACUCUCUCCCUCCUCUAUUUUGACGGCAGUGCAUUCAUAGGCACAGAUUAGUGUAGUGUUAGUGAGGAUAACCUGAACACAUCUAUGCAAACCAUCCUCCAUCAUGACGGUUGAUGGUGUGUGGCGACAGCAUCACUGAUUUCACCGCUGAUCGUGACGAUCAGAUUGGUGCCAUGGGGAAACAUGAAUGUUGUGCUUCAGUAGGUAUUUUUCUGAGCACGCUUUCAUGCCCGUGAACUACAAUAUCUUCUGAGCAAUACGUCAUCACAGCUCAUGUUUUGAUGAUAAUGUCAUUUCUCCUAUUUCAGAGGGCUCGAGAUGCCGUGAUGAUCAAAUUAAUAAUCUCGCUGGCUUGUGAAAUUUAGCGCUUCCAUAUUGAAUCAAGAAAUGCAUUUCUAUCAGGUCCUUUGUGCAUUUCUGCAUUGAUCCUAAAAUCAUCGUUCUUGAUUGUAGUUGAUUAGGAAUGACUAACCCACUGAUGCAAAUGAAGAGUUUCAGCUGUUUUUCUCCCCAUGCCGUUAUGUCUUUUGUGUUUUUAAGUUUACAUUAUCACUCUCUCUGGCGAAAGUGAAAUAAAAUCAUAGCUAAUUGAAUUCAUUCCUUCAGAUCUACAACUGAUGUAUUUAAUUGAUGAUGAUGAUAAUGACAUUUGUGAUGAGUAAUAAACCAUAAUAUAUUAAA